CUUUGUGUUUUUGGUCUGAAAAUUUGUCCAUUAUUUGCAAAGAACAAAUUGUGUCUUUCUGCAUAUGUUUUAGAGCUAUAAUUUUAGAGGAUUUACUGAAUAAUUCAAAAGAUCUCGAAACACAUAUUUGAAAAUUCAAAUUUGGCGGGAACCCGCGCUGUAUAAAGAAGCCUGGGGGCAAACGAACACGCUUCUUUAUUUUGUACUUUGGAAGUCAGUAUAUAAAGUUUUUUAGGAAUUUUUUGGCCCUGUUCGAACCGUAUAAAGUUAUUUUAUCAUACAGUUCAAGUUUAUUUGUUAAAAUGAAGUAUAUUUUGGUGACUGGUGGUGUUAUAAGCGGCCUUGGGAAAGGCGUAAUCGCGAGCAGUGUUGGCGCGCUACUUAAAUCGUGCGGGCUACAUGUGACUUCGGUGAAAAUUGAUCCUUACUUGAAUAUUGAUGCAGGGACCUUUUCUCCUUAUGAACACGGUAAGAGAAUAAUAUUUUGCCUUUAUCCAUGGGUAUUUUGUCUUUGACCAUGACUGUUUUACAUAUAUAUAAAAAUAUGUGUGGUAUGAAAUUUCUAUUGUCAGUAUUGGCGGCCGAGCAAGAAGUCUUUUAUGCUUUGAGAUAAACAAGUGACUUGCAUAUAUAUGUAGUAAAAUUGUUUCAAUAUAAAUGUCUAAAAGCCUAAAAAACACUGCUGGGGCAAAAAAGGGCAGUUUUUGGGUGCUUUUAUAGUGUAACCCAAUUAUUGGUCCCAAAUUGAUAGAAAAGUUUAAGUUGAACUGUAAAUGCCAGAGAGUUCCAUAUUUCUGUCUUUAUAUUCAGACAAUUUUAGGAGUGAUCGUAUCUUCCAUUUUGCAGACUUGUUCCACAACAGGGGGGGGGGGGGGGGGGGGUGGAAGUGGGUGAUUAUUGUACUCAGAGCCCUUUUUAUGAGCGUACAAGAAUGGGGCGAGGUAAGCUCACAAUCUGUGAUUGUUAAAUAUUUGGGAUGAAAACUGACUUUUCGUAACAAACUAGACAUUUCUGUAUAGGGUAGGUUAAAGUAAUCUUGGAACAAGUCCGCAUAACAAGACAAAAAUAUUUGUUGAUAAUCCCUAAGCUUUCUUCUAUUUCGCUGUUUUUAGGGGAAGUGUUUGUCCUAGAUGACGGUGGUGAAGUUGAUCUGGAUUUGGGAAAUUAUGAACGUUUCCUGGAUGUGAUGUUAUGUAAAGAUAAUAAUAUCACCACUGGCAAGAUCUAUGAAGAUGUUAUCCAGAAAGAAAGGAAGGGAGAUUAUCUAGGAAAAACUGUACAAGGUAUUGAAGAAAAAUUAGUUGGUAAUGUUAAGUGUAUUAGGACAUCCAAAGGGUGUAGAGAUAGAGAGUUAACUUCCAAUUUCCUCUGUGGGGGAGGUAUCGAUGUUUUCUGGAAUGACCCAAUCUAUUGUAUCUUACUGCAGGAGUGGGCAAUAUGGAAGAGAUGGCCACACCCCCCACCCCCCUUUCCUUCACAAAUUAACAUGUGGGCUGUCUCUAACCAUAAAAAUGCAUUACCAUUUGCUAAUAUUUCAUAUUUUGCCAUUUUUAGUGGUGCCCCAUAUCACAAAUGCUGUACAGGAAUGGGUGGAGAAGGUGGCUCUCACUCCAUUACAAGACAACAAUGCAGCAGAUGUCUGUAUCAUUGAGGUAUAUAUAUUUUCCCUAUUUUUUCUUAUAAAAACACUCUAAACACUCUCCUCAAUUGCUUGAUCCAUUCGCACUGGAUAGUCUGUUCUCGUUAACAUAUAAAGUGUUUAUCUGUCACAGCUUGGAGGAACAAUUGGUGACAUUGAAGGCAUGCCUUUUGUCGAGGCUUUUCGUCAGUUUCAAUUUCGUGUUGGCCGCGAUAACUUCUGUGUUAUCCAUGUUAGUCUUGUACCUCAGGUAAGCUGAAAAAGGGUUAAUGGUUGAGCUACUAUCUUAAUGGUCUGCAGUACACAUUAUAGUUUGAAGGGUUUGCCACAGCCAAAACUUCAAAAUGUUUAGAAAUCAUGGAGGUUGAGCAUGUAUAAUAUUUUGUUUAUAGCCUGGUUCAACGGGUGAACAAAAGUCCAAGCCAACUCAGAACAGUGUUCGUGAACUAAGGGGUCUUGGUUUGAGUCCUGAUUUUGUAAGUUGCAUCAUUGAUUACUGUAUAGUAAGUUGUGGCCAGUUCUGCUAGGCCAGUCUGGCCCUGAGUGCAUGCACAGGUCCAGGAAAGCCCCUGAUCCAGGGUAGGCCAGUUCCUGGCUUCCUUUUUAAUUUGAACAUUGCAUUUAUUCUCCUUUUUUAAUGUUAUUUCUUAUUCAGAUAUUUUGCAGAGGCAAAAAACCCAUUCAGGAGGCAGUCAAGAAUAAAGUUUCAAUGUUUUGUCAUGUUUCACCAGAUAAAGUAAUUCUGCUUUUUAUAGUGAAACUUCAAUCCUGCUUUUCCAUUUGCCACGACACAAUACUACUUAUGUCUUUAUUUUGCUAUAUACCAGGUGAUAAGUGUUCACGACUGUGACAGUCUGUACAGAGUUCCAGUUCUUAUAGCAGAACAGAAUUUAGUUCCAUUGUUGAAAGAAAAACUUGGUUUAGCCGCCAUAACCUUGCCAUUUGAGCCUCAGAACUCAUUGAAAAUCUGGUGCGAGUUGGCUGAAAGGUAAGGUUUUGUCUGCUGUCAUCAACUUAAUGUAGUAGCCUGCAUGGAAGGCAAGCCUUCGAAAUGUGAGAGCCUUUCACUCAAGAUGUGUAGCAAAGGCCUUUCAUCAGAAGAGUACUUAUUGGAAGGUAUAGAAAAAUGCCAUGCUGGCUAAUACCACUAGUUCAAAAUGUUGUUGAAUGUUUCCAAAACCUAAUUCGUUUACUAGACAAGAAAGUGUUCGCAAUGAAGUCCAUAUUGCAUUGGUUGGAAAAUAUGUUAAGAUGGAAGAUGCUUACCUUUCUGUUAUCAAAGCUCUUACUCAUGCAGCUCUGCAUUGUAACUUAAAACUAAUUUUACAGGUACGUACAGUACUGUAAUUAGGACUAAUUAGAGUACCGGUAAUCACUUGCUUCUAAUAGACUUAUUCUUGUUAAAUAUUCUUCUGUAUUUUCAAAGUGGAUAGAUUCAGAAGACCUUGAAACAGCAAAAGUGGAUGCAGAACCUGUUGUGUACCAUGAAGCAUGGAAGAAACUUUGCAGUUGUGGGUAAGAUAUCAAAUAAAUUGUUGAUACUAUAAGUACAUGGCUUUUGCCUCAAUGUACUAUAAUGCUGUCUAAUAUUUUUUUGUUUUUCAUGAAAAUCUUCGUAAUUGCUAAUAAUAUAAUACACCGGCCCUUCCAGGAAGUACAUCACUUUGGCAAUAGAUCGCCUUGUUUUCAAUUAUGAAAAACGAGGCUCUAUAGCUAAGGUGACAUACUUUUCGGAAAGGUGUAUUAGCACUGAUUGAAAGCUACAGUAUGCAGCAUUUGUGUUUCCACAAACCAAAACGAAUAAAAUGCUAUCUUUAUUAUGAUAUAUCCAGUGGUGUAUUGGUUCCUGGGGGUUUUGGAAACAGAGGAACUGAAGGAAAAAUCUUGGCUAUAAAUUGGGCAAGAAAAAAGUCGAAACCAUUCCUGGGUAAGACAAAAAAACCCUUACUAAUUAUUGGAUUGUAGUUGUUUAAGAACAGCAUCCUUUUGCUGGAUAGGUGUAGGUUAUAAAAAGUUUGGUUGUAUAUAUAAAAAGUUUAGUUGUUUGUAGUCCGGGCAAUUGGUACUGUAAUUUCUGAACUGUCUUUAGGGGUGUGUCUUGGAUUACAGCUUGCUGUUGUCGAGUUUGCAAGAAAUAGACUUCAGUUAAAAGGUAAAAACCUUGAUAUAUUUGUGGUAAUACUGUAACAGUAAGUAUUUUAUUGAUAUAAAUUAUGUGGCUCAUAUAUUAUUUUUCAGAUGCUAAUUCAUCCGAGUUUCAGAGUGACACUGAAAAUCCUGUUGUAAGUUUAUAGAGUAAUUGUUUCCUUAAGAUGUGUCGUGUCUUUUUUAUAUCAAGCACUAUAUACACUUUGUGAUUUUUUCAGGUUAUUGAGAUGCCUGAACACAACCCAGGUCAGCUUGGUGGCACAAUGCGUCUAGGAAAAAGAACAACCGUUUUUAAAUCUGAAGAAAACACAAUUUGUAAGUAUGACCUUUAUUGAAAUAUAUUAUUUGCAAUUACCACAUCUUCAGCUUUUCAAUCAGAUUUAAUAUAGUAUUAAAUAUCUUGUAUUAAAUUUCAGAUAAAUUGUACGGUAGUAAAGAGCAUAUUGAAGAAAGACACAGACAUCGCUACGAAGUAAGUAUCUGUGACAUGUUCACUGAAAACUCUACUUUUGUAUAAGCUACUGUAUUUCUUAAUUAAAUACACUUUUAUGGCAGUGCUGUAUUGCAGUAUAAUAUCACUCCUCAAUCUUAUUCCUUAAUCACUAGGUAAAUCCAGCUUAUGUAAAAAGACUUGAAGAAUUUGGUAUGAAAUUUGUUGGCCAUGAUGUUGAUGGUGAACGGAUGGAAAUCAUGGAAUUACAAGGUAUAUAACGAUUCUCAUCUAAUGCAUUUUCUUUGGAGAGAGCAUUAAUUUGUUACAAUCAAUAUUAAUUGCUAUAUUUCCCACAGAUCACCCAUACUUUGUUGGAGUUCAAUUUCAUCCAGAAUUUUUAACAAGACCUCACAAACCAUCGCCACCAUACCUAGGACUAAUUCUGGCUGCAAGUGGUAAACUGACCAGUUACCUGUCAAGAGGUUGUCGUAUGUCGCCUAGUAACAGCCUUGGAAAUUUGUUUGGAUUUAAGGAGCAGUUGUCAUAUUAAGGUUAUUCAUGUAUGCAAUACAUUCAUUAUGUAUUGGUGAGAGGUCACAUUUCAGAUGGGAAGAUAGAGCAAGGUUUGAUCAGCACAACACAACGAAUUUGAAGAGAUCUGAUGGUGAAAAAUCUUGCAUUUUGUCAGGGGUGCAUUUGCAGCAAUAGCAACGUUAAUGAAGAAGUUGUUGGGAGCACCUACAGUAGUAGUAUUGAUUGUAUAUAAUUUUCUACUCACUGUACCAUGUUAGCAAGUCAAUUUGCCAACUUAUUGACAAGCUACAUUGUAUUGAUGUUUGCACAAACAGAUAUUAACUUGAAACCUAUGUACAUAUACCAAGUUGGCUGAAGGCCUAUAUUAUGCUAAUAGAAGCAUCAAGCAUCAAAACUGAAUUCGAAACUGUGAAUAUCCAAAUGUUCAACUGAAACUUUAUGAGGACACUAUUUUGCCACUUUCUGAGUGAAUAUUUAUUUUAGAAACAUUGUGUUAUAUACAGUAUUGAAUUGACACAAUUUCUUUUGCAAAGUUUCUUAGCAGAUUUCUAUGAAAUAUUUUUAUACCAUAUUUAUUGUUGUAACACAUUUACAACAUUAACUUGCCACACAACGUUAACACUAUAUUUUGUUUCACUACUAAUAUAGGUCAAAUAAAUAAACUAUAAUAUCUUGAUUUUUAACACAAUUUGUACUGAACACAUUGGUGAUUGGCUGGCUGUUCUCUGAGUGAUGUCAGCUUCCACUUAGUUUUGUAACAAUGUCUAAGAUGUACAUCUGUAGUUGGAUUUCACUGGAGUCAUUUGUUAAAUGAAACAGUGGCACUCCAGCUCUCUAUAUAAACAGAGAUAGAUAAAACAUCAAUAAUGGCUCCAACUAGAAACUACAGUUACAAACACUGAAGUUUCUCAUGGGAAUUAACAAUGCUUUUAUCUGAAACUGUUCAUCCUUAGAUGCAGUUGACUUUGUUGAAAAAUUGAACAGUAUGUGCCAGUGUAACAAGGACAACUUCAAUGUUUUCGAGCGAAGUUCUCCUUGUACUUUUCACAUAGUUGUAUCUAUCAAUCCGAAGUUUUUAUUAUUGUAAAAUACCUGCAUUGUAGUUUGUUGAUCUGCCACGACUCUAUCUAACUCCAGCACUAAUUUUUGAUCCAAUUGCACCAGCUCCUGUUCAAGUCGGCUUCCCAAAUUCUCCUUUUCUUGCACAUGUUUUUUUCUUAUCACAGGCAGGUGGUGGGGUUUAUUGCUACAUGCAUCAAUUGCCGCCUUGUGAGUUUUAUUCUGGUCCAUUCUUUCAGCUAAAAAGUAGAAUUAAACAAGUUGCUGUUUUGGCAGACGGUUAAUUUGGUGUACCACACAUCUACCUUUUUGGCUGUUGAUUAAUUUCAUUCUUUUGUUCAGUAAAUUUCUCUCGGUUAACUGUUGAAUGUCUUCUAGACCACGGACAAUUUCGAAAACUGUUCCAUCCAUCAACGACAAUGCUAGUGAGUUGACGAUCUCAGAGGUCAUUUUCUCUUGGUAUGUGCUAUUGAAACAAA